AUGUUGCGCCUCAGGGGCCUCACACUCUGGUGUGUCGCCUCCUUGAUCCUAGGUCUAUCAACCGCGCAAAAUGGCACCAGACCCGUCUCAAACGAACUAUUCAACUCCCUCGAGGAACUAUCCCGCCUGGUAGACAUAUCCUACUGCGUGGGAACAACGGGUGUCCAGAAACCAUUCCAGUGCCUGAGUCACUGCGUGGAGUUUCCGAACUUGGAAUUAAUAGAGACAUGGAAUACUGGUAUACUACUAUCUGACUCAUGCGGCUACGUCGCACUUUCGCACGCGCCAGGACCAAAGCGCAUCGUCCUCGCUUUCCGGGGUACAUACUCGAUCACGAAUACGAUAAUUGAUCUUUCUGCCUAUCCGCAGUCUUACAUCCCCUACACAGGCGAUGACGACAAGGAUAACAAUGAUAGUACAACACCUCUCCCCGCAGUACACUGCGAAAACUGCACUGUCCACGCGGGUUUCAUGAAAUCCUGGCUAAACACCCGUCCCAUAAUUCUACCCAUCGUCCUCCAAGCGUUGCAAGACCAUCCAGACUACGAAAUAACCCUGGUUGGCCACUCCCUCGGCGGCGCAGUCGCAACACUAGCCGGUUUGGAAAUGCGUUUGAAAGGCUGGGAUCCGCUUGUGACUACCUUUGGUUCACCGAUGGUUGGAAAUGCCGAGUUUGCGACUUUCUUAGACGAAGCCUUUCAAAUUGGGAAGUUUAGUCGGGAUGGCGAGGAUGCUGAGGCAAGCCGUAUUCGUCGGGUUACGCAUGUGGACGAUCCUGUUCCUCUACUACCGCUGAGGGAAUGGGGGUAUUCACCGCAUGCAUCGGAGGUAUUCAUUUCCAAGGCUGAAUUGCCGCCAGCUCAGGAGGAUGUGUUAAUUUGCUCGGGCGAUGAGGACGUGAGAUGUAUCGCUGGCGCAGAGACAUCUGCAAUCUCGUUGCUGGAUGUUCUUCAGGAUUUGGACAUUCCGUUGGAUAUCUUUAAUACGAAGGUCGAUCCUUGUCUAGAAGAAGAAGAGGAUCUGCAGCAAGACCCACAACCGGAUCAGCAUCAGCAGGUUAUCCUCGGCAAGCAGAGGCUUGUUGGUUCUUCGAGGUGUGCGUCUCGCGCGGAGGACGAGACAGCUCCAUUGUACCCGCGGCAUUGGGAUUGGUCUCUUAUUCCGGCGCGGUAUAGAUUGUGGGAGCUUUUCUAUGCGCAUCGGGAUUAUUUCUGGCGCAUUGGGUUGUGUGUGCCUGGCGGUGAUCUUUUUAAAUGGGAUGCUUAG